AAAAAUCUCAACUUUUCUCCUCGUCCGCCCUCCUUAUCAGCGUGAAAUGGCGAGCGCAGUGUGCUCGCCCUUCUCAAAUUCCAUUUCUACCCUUAUCAAGUCACCAAAUUCCUCCUCUAUCCCCAUAUUCUCCUCCCCUAGAAACCCUAGCUCCAAUCUCAGACUCUCCCCUAUCUCCAGCUCAGGCAGUCUCCGUCCUCUCAGGGCCCAGAAUGUAGAGACUAGCCAGAUUACUGAGCCUAGUGGUAUUGAAUCUCGCGAUUGUGAAGCGAACGAUCCGAUCCUAGUCCGGGCUGCUAGAGGAGAGCCGGUUGAUCGUCCUCCAGCAUGGAUGAUGAGGCAGGCAGGAAGGUAUAUGGCUGUUUAUCAAAAGCUUGCAGAGAAACAUCCAUCCUUCAGGGAGAGAUCAGAGACAGUAGAUCUUAUAGUGGAAAUUUCUUUGCAGCCUUGGAGAGCCUUUCGUCCAGACGGGGUCAUAAUUUUCUCAGACAUACUCACCCCCUUGCCUGCAUUUGGCGUUCCUUUUGAUAUAGAAGAACUGAGGGGUCCAGUUAUUCAAUCUCCAAUUCGUGACAGGGAGGGGCUCAAGAAAUUGCAUUCCAUUGACUUAGAGAAGGUUAAUUUUGUUGGAGAGUCCUUGAGGAUCUUGCGUAGAGAGGUUGGGGAUAAAGCAGCCGUUCUUGGUUUUGUUGGAGCACCAUGGACAAUUGCAACCUAUAUUGUUGAAGGAGGUACAACACGUACAUAUACAACAAUAAAAAGCAUGUGUUACACUGCACCAGAGGUGCUGAGAGCUCUUCUCUCUCAUCUGACCCAAGCGAUAGCUGAUUAUAUUAUUUACCAAGUAAAUUCUGGAGCUCAGUGUAUACAAAUCUUUGAUUCAUGGGGUGGGCAGCUACCACCUAAUGUUUGGGAGAUUUGGUCCAAGCCAUACAUUGAAGAGAUAGUGAACACAACGAGGAAAGCAUGCCCUCAUAUACCUUUGGUUUUGUAUAUAAAUGGUAAUGGCGGGCUGCUUGAAAGAAUGAAGGGAGUUGGAGUUGAUGUCAUAGGACUUGAUUGGACAGUGGACAUGGCAGAUGGUAGGAAAAGGCUCGGUAGUAACAUCAGUGUUCAAGGAAAUGUCGAUCCUGCAUAUUUAUUUGCCCCACUUCCAGUUUUAACCGAUGAAAUCCACAGGGUGGUGAAGAGUGCUGGACCAAGGGGACACAUACUUAAUCUUGGUCAUGGAGUCCUUGUUAAGACACCAGAAGAAGCAGUUGCUCAUUUCUUUGACGUUGCAAGGGGGUUAAGCUAUAAAACCCUCUUUGAAGAUAAUGCACCGGAAUUGGCUCCUGUUCGUUGAUCAUCGCCUUAUCUUAAGUUGAAAAUUUUGAAGUAGGUGAUUUUUCGGCUUUCCGCCACCUACCAGCAUUCUGAUGAAUUAUAUCAUUCUGAUGAGAGAUUUUUCUGUAUCAAUGUAAUCUUCUUUCUCAUGUACAUACUCGAGAAAUGUUUGAUAAUUACAUGCUUGAGUUGUUCGUAUGUGAUGGCUGCUGUUUUUGUAUAUUUUCCCAGAGGAAGCGGUUGCUUUCUGAUCAUUCUCAGGUACUAUCAAGAAUAACACGGUAGCAUAUAAG